CGAGUUUGAAGGCGUUUCCUGCAGCUGCUGUACAGUGUACAUACUGUUGAAGACUGGAGAGAUACAGUACCAUGACUGCAAAAGAAAACACUUUGUAUCCACCUGGCCAACUACUCGCUGCAAAGCAGUCAAGUUUGUUCUCUAGAGAGAGCUUUCAUGAGGAACAGAUGAAGAAACGUGAAGGUAAUAGGAGCGUCAUUGCUUUAGCACAGGAACCAGAUGAGCAAAUGACAAUAACAAAACCCAAAGUUCUGUAUGAGAACACAUACAAGCUCCAACCUGAAGUAAAAUUCCAGUCAAGUGCUGCUCAAAGAGUUAUAAAUGAGCUGCUUGAGACACACUUGAAAGGUGAAACAUAUGAUGCUAAUGCUAGUGCUCAAAUGACGAAAACACUUGCUCAAAUUAUAAAAGACGCAGUCAAAGAUCUCAAUUAUGACCGAUACAAAAUUGUGUGCAUUGUUACUAUUGGUGAACUUUUAAAUGGUGAUGUUGGUGUACUUCAAGCCAGUCGAUGUGUUUGGGAUACUAAUUGGGACACAUUUGCUAGUGGAGUUUACAAGAACAAAACCUUAUAUGGAGUAGCUACUGUUUAUGCCAUAUAUCAAGAGUGAUAAUCCAAAAAUAUAAACUACAUGAAAAUAUGAAUUACAUGUACAUUUAGUGGUUUUGUGUGUAUUGAAGUAUCCUUAAACUACAACAGUUUAUCACAAUAAAUUAUUAGAUUUAUUUUUAUUACAUAAUAAUUGUGGUUAAAAAUUGAA